AUGUUUUUGCUUUUAAGUAUUUUGAAAGGCCAUGAUGUGAGGGAGGAGGAGUUUGCGGAAACUCUUUGUUACGUUGGUAGCAUAUUACGUACUAUGGACGUCAAGUUUAUUAAUGUUGGAGUGCUUAGAUCGUUACAAGCUUUGGUGGAAUGCGUGACAAACGAGACUGUUUUACAAAGCGUCUUUGAGAAUCUGCUCUUUGAUUUUCGCAUUUGGAGCUGCAGUGAAUUUAACGUGAGAAUUGGACACAUUCAGUUUAUUUCCACACAAAUUAAAGAUUCACCGGAAAGAUUUCGUUCCGAGUACGGAGUCAGGUUCUUUCUUGAUGUCAUUACCCAGCACUAUAGUGAGCAUGCGCCAUUGGGAAAUUCCGCUGGCUGGCAUCGAGAAAACGAGAUUCAGUUGAUUCAGGAAGAAGUAAAGAUUAUCAGAGCAUCUUUGUUAGGUUCGUGUUUUGAAUACUUUCCUUGGUUAAGUCAGAAAAGAAGGCAGCUAAUUAGUGAUCGUAUAAAGGACCUCUUGUUGCAGCGUUUAGAUCACCCCUGAUGAAGGCACUAGACAGGAGUGCCAAGACGUUGAGUCUAUGAAUUGUAACUUUUUCGGUUACAUUCAUUAAAUCUAUAAACCAGAGUAGCAUCAAACCACGUCAGAUGGGGUUGUUUGGAAAGACAUUUGGGGCAGGGAUUUUUACCGAAUUAUUCCGAUAUAAAGAAGGGCGGUUCUCUUUAAAGUUUGACACUCAAAUACAUAACAAUUUUAGUGAAUCCUUAGGGGAGGGGUGAGAGGGGAAGAGAGAAGGGGGGGGAGCAGGAGAACUGCAUUCCAUUAGUCAACGUCAGAAAAGGCAACAUCAAAGCAUAAUUUAAGUUCCCCUGAGAUUUAGCCUCCAUUAUUUUGCUAUUCAUUAUUGUCAUAUAUAUUUUCUUAAGAAAUAUCACUUUUUUUCACAUUUCCACCAAUAGUCGGAGAGGAUUGAUGAAUAGUUUUAACCCGAGAAGUCGAUUUCAAGAUGUGGAUAUUAAUAUAUUAAGGGGGGGUAAGUUUCUGAAGAAACUGUGGUGCUGCGUCGGUUUGAGAGUGUAGCAGCUGAUGUUUCGAACGUUAGCCCUUCGCCAUAGCUCUGACGAAGGGCUAACGCUCGAAACGUCAGCUUUUUUACUCUUUACGGUGGCCAAUUUACGUUUUCAACUCAGUUGUUAACACUAAAUUGCCUAUUUAUAUUUUAAUUAGAUUCUGUCCGCUGAUAACUAAUUUCAAUUUUGCGUUUGUUUUAUUUUAGGUUUGAUUAAAUUCUAUCUGACUGAGAAAGUUGCACGAGAAGAGGUUUGGUUCAUUGUGGAAUACUUGUCUUGCGUAACAGACUCAGAACAAAUCACAGAGGUGAUAGACGUUCUUUUGUCGCUCUGUGAGCGUGCGUCAAAGAGUAAAAUGGCUAAACGGCUGUCAGGUAUUGACUGGAUUGGAGAUAUGACUUAUUUAUAUUUAAUAAGCAAUUUUUAGUAUUUAUAUGGAGAAUUGUGUCACAUAUCCUUCGGGUGACAAGUCGUUUCGUACCCACGGCAGUUUCGUAUUCAGUCGAUUCGUACCCAGUCACUUUAUUCGUCCCAUACCCUUACUGAUAAAGUAUGUUUAAUGUAAGGUUGGAUUCUUAUUACUGUUAAAAACAAAGGGCGCAUGGCGCUAAUUCACUAUUAAUGUAAACAAAGUCACUGUGCUGUGCUUUAUUUACAUAGCAUUGUGAUUAUUGUGUAUUUGCAGAACUCUAUUAUCUUAUUCUGGGUCUGGAAAAAAGGAAGAUUGUUUGAAAAAAAGGAUGAAAAUCCAUUUGCGAUCAAAAAUGUGUGCGAUCCUUGAAAACUUACAAUUUUUUUACUUUUCACCUUCAGAUCCCAGACAUAUCCCAGUCUUUGUCACUUUACUAAUCAAUCAAAAAAACGAAGACCUUCGUCUCAGGAUUCUGAAACUAAUGUCCGCCAUCAUAGCGUCCAAUAAGGUCCCCGAGGGAAACAGAAGCUAUUGGCAUUUAAGGCAUAUAGGGCUCUCUGCGGUUACAAAGCUCCUCAUGGAUGACGUCUCUGAGCCCCUUAUAAAAAGUCUCCUGAGGCUGGGAGUGUCAGAGCAUGAUGAGAACAAAGGCGUUGAUGUUUUGAUGCAUUAUCACGUGGUGCUGGCCGUGCUGGAACUGAUUGAUAAUAAGGAUCUUGAAACGAAGCUUUUUGUGAGUCACAUGGUAAGGACGGUUUUUCUUUGUUCACGGGAAAUUUUCAAGGUAGCUUACAACCUUUCAUAACUCUGAUGCGUGCAUGAAUCGAUAUUAGUACUCAGUUUUUGAAACAGUUUGGUUUGGAAAAUGAAUAACUGUGAUAACCUUCAACAGAUAUAUAGCAAAUGAAGUGCGUUAAUCUCCAGAAAAAAGGCGUACGUUGCUCAGUAAACGAAGUAACUAAACUAUUGGCAAGUCGAUAUCAUUGCAAUAAAGCCGUUGUGAAAAAGUUUUGGGAUCGUGUUUACAAAUAUCGCCUCAAAAGUCUUUUCGUAGUUUUGUGUUACUUUUGAGCCUUGUUUUAAAGCAAAACUUCACUGUGUGUUUUAGAUUUUACGAUCAAUUGAUGCUAACUCCCUCAGCAUGUCACGGUGUGCCAAGGAAUUUGGGUGGCAUGUUACGCUGCUCAGAAUGAUCACGGGCCCAUUUGGCGCACCACGGAGUAUCAGUGACUCGAAAGAACAUGACAUAAGUGUUCUGGAAGAAAAGAAAAGAGGCGAGGAAGAUUUGAUCGAUACAGUGCUGGAAAUCGUGUUUCGAGUGAUGUGGAAAGGGGUUGAAGGCUUUGGCGAAAGCGAUUGGAAGGUUAAAAUAUAUCUUUUAAAAUAUUGUUUUUGUAUCGACGUCAAGCGCACAUACUAACGAAUCUGCACGCAUGCACACUCUUUUCACGCAUGUGGUGACAGCAGUUCGAAGCUUAAGAGCUCACAGACAAAACCUAAAUGGCGAUUUGGAAUGUUAAACAGCAAAAUGAUUAGGUUCUGGACAAUUGUGUCCAUGUACUUACUGGUGUAGCAACCUAACGCUUCUUGAAAUGUCUGGGUUUGAUUCCACAUCGGUAUCCCACAAUCAAAACGUAUGGAUUUACCUUAUCUCAUGAUUUCAAUUGAUUUGAACUCCCAUUCUUUAACUAAAAUUCCCCCCUUAGUCCCUCCCCCUCAGAUCUAUAAACAGAAGACAAUGGUACGACUUUGCGGACAGAGCCACACCUCGAAGGGGAGGCAGGAGAUAACGCGUUUACUCCACGUUUAAUGCAAAAAUUAAUCGUUUAACAGAUCAGAGAUUGAAGUGAGAGAGUGAGUGAGUGAAUUUCGGGUCCAUACGUAAACCUCAUGGCAAGACUGACGUCAUACCACGAGUUAAAAAACGAUAUUUCUGCCAUGUGACGUUCUCGCUGUCCCGGAUGGAAACCCUUUGGCGAAUUUAUUUGUUGAGAGGUUCUGUCUUUCUCGCUGGGAACCUUCCUACCUUUAGUGACUUGUUACUCUCCUUCCUUAGGUUCGAGGUCAAGCCAUAGCCGCAGUGAGUAUCAUUUCAUCAGCGGAGUCUUUUUUGGUCUCUCAUCGUGUUAUUGAGAGGCGCCUUCUGGAGCUUUGUCUGCGGGGCGCCGUGCAGGAUAUCGAGGUGUCCGGACAGACAGGUGAAUCUGAGACCCAGAAUGCACUGAUGGUAAUGCGUUUGGUAGAAGACUUCAUCUUUACGCCAGGUAAUUCGUCAGUUUAAAAAUGGAAUACGCUUAACUGCAAGAUCGUAUCUAGGUUUCUAUGGUAUGAAACGCCUGGAAAUAUUUCUUCUCCUGUUGGUUAAGAUGCUGGUGUCAGACUUCCGCAACUCGUACCAUGUGUUUCUUCCUAUCUUCCGCGUAAUUUACAUUUUUUGCACUUGAUUUUUAGUGCCUUCCAAAGCUGUACUUUUAUAAGAAUCAUUGGAUACCUUGAUGCGUUUGAUUAAGAAAGCUGGAAUGCCUAAGACUUAAAAAGGGCGUUUAUAAAACCAAAGCUCUACAAGUUGCUUUAAGACACAAGUUGGUAGCUUGUGGCACCCGGGUUCUGUUGGAACCUUCCACAACACAUAUUCACAGCUCUGCAGAGCGCUCAAUCAAAGAACUUGGAAAAUAUUAGUUUGGUUUCUCUUUUUUUUCUUCAUCUUUUGCUUCUUCAGCCGCCAUUGCGGGAGCGGAAUCAGACACUGAAUCGGAGACGUGGAGCGUGAAGGUAUGGUUUACUCAUAUAGAUGGAAUUUUCUUCCCCAAACCUUCUAAGAUCUGAUUGCUAAUUCUCCUCUUUAGCAGCAAGGCGGAGGUUAUGGGUUCAAAUCCCGUACAGGCCUAACUUUUUUUCAGGCCCUAUUUUCACUACUGCUCAAGUAGUGUUCAUUAUUGCAAAGAUCGCUUUCAUAUUCACAUUUCAUUGUAAAUUAAUUACGAAAAAUUGGUGUCAGAUCAGAAUAACUACUUGUACGUGAUAGGUUUGAGUAUUCUCAUUACCUGUUUGCUGGAUAAUGUAUGGAUAUUAUUGGGAGAUGUUGCAUAUUGAUCACUGCUUGAAGUGUAAAGGUUAAAGAGCCAUGUCGUAUUUUCAUUUUCUUUCUCUUUUUUUUUAGCUUGUCGAGAAUGUUGUGUUCCUCCUUGAGGUACUAAACGUCUGGGACGAGAAUGAAGAAAAUGUGCAAUGGGAGGAAAUGUCUCAAGUUGGAGUGAGGAUUCUCUUGGCUUUCAUUUCUCGGCCGGAAACAGAAUACUGCGCAACAGCUUCUUCCAAACUUAGCAAACUUCUUAAGGCCCGGAUGACUUCGUCUCAGGGAGAGCUUUGCUACAUUCUAGGACGACUACAUCAAGCCUUUGUUGCAUCACGAAAUAAAGGUGUGGUUACUGAAAAAUUAAUGAGAAAAACGAGAAGCAACUUUUCCUGUUUAAGGGAGAUACUCAAUAAUUUUCAUUUGAAUAGUUACAUACGAAGGUUUCAUUACUCAACCAUGUUGUACAGCAUUACAACAGUACUUUACUUUUUAAACUGUAACAAGUUUUCCGACAUUUUAGGUGACAACGAAAAUUUUUCGUUCAUCAUUCCCGUCAUCCGUAUGUUGCUUCUCAAGUAUCACCACACUCUACCGCUGACCAUCUAUAUACCCACAUUUUCAACCGCUGACCCUGGACGAAUACAGGCUCAGGAGGAUUUCCUUGAGCUGAUUGAGCGUAAAGAAUUCAAAGCGAUGAUGAAACAGCAGAUUUAUCCAGGGAUGAAACAAUAUGAAAAUACGUUGUAAGUAGCGCUAGCAAAUAGUUUCGUCAGGAUUUUUCAGAUGAAGGCUCUUCACCAACCUUUUACUGUCAUUAAAGAGUGUUCCAGGUCACCACUUUUCCAUUACAAAGGGAGUCAUUUUCUCAUCAGGACCUCAUUUUUCUGAGACACGCCCUACGGUAAUGGUAUUUUGGGGGAGACAAAGGAGAAAGCAGAGGCUUGAGUGAUUUGUUAGGAAAUUAGGAGGACAAUGACAAUGAUUAAGACUUUUUCAGUAAAGCUCUCUUUACAUGAUCUGUUGCAGGUAUUUAUUUAAUAAACAGUAGCUUUGAGCGAAAAAGGAAGGACUUAGGUAUUUGACGGGUUGACCAUCACACUGUGAUAGGAAAUUAUAAACCAUUGUUACAGUAUUGAAAGGAGUGCCUUUAAACGCUGACUCUAAGAACUGAUCAGAAUGUUUGAUCAGAAGACAAAACUGUGAAAUGUCGCCCAAAAAAUGCCAUUGCCCUUCCUUUACGAAAUCGUUCUCAUCGACAAACGAAUCUCCAUGUUAUCCGCUGUUAUAUCCCAUUCAUUUACAACGUCAGAUUGAGGUUACCCUUAGCGAGCAUGUCUCGAAGAAACAGACCUCCGUUUGAGAAAGUCCUCACAAAUGGCCUUGGUAAAGUUCUUCUAAGACCUGGACAAGAAUCGUCUCUCCCUCACAUUUCAUCGCGGUGGUCACGAUUCCUUUCCGCACUGUGAAUGCUUACGAUUUUUUUUCUUCGUGUACUGAUAUCUCUGUAUUUUUUUCACUUUCCUUUAGCUCAGAAUCAUCUCUAGCCUCAGGUCGCUUUUGGAUGGAUUGCCUGACAGGUCUCACGGAAAGCUUAAGAAAUAAAGACAGAGCACAGGACGAUAGCUGCGAGAAAUUUGAGGAGCAGAUCACAUUGCCAUUUCAACAACUUCAAGAUGUACAAAGAGAACACAUCAAAGAUUUACCCAAAGAACAAGAGCAAGAAAAACAAAAUGUGGCAAGGCAAUGGAAAGUGUUAAAAAGAAUGUUUACCUCUGAACGAUCCCCUUGGGGUGCAAGGUGAGGAUUUAGGAAAUUACCAGUUCAGAAAAUAAUCUCAACAAAACUUUGUCGAAGUAACCCAGGUUUUGCUGGUUUUACAUUACUGUGCUUCGCUUUGUGAUAGGUCUAUAACAUUCGCGCCGUUCUGCGAACCAAUCACGUGCAAAACUAAAAUCAACGCAUUGCAUUUUUGCUUCGAGCUACAAUGAGUAGCGAAGGUAGUUUACACGCCCUCUCCUUACUAAGUGGUAGACAACGCUCCACUCAACAUAAUAAUCUGAAAUAUCUAUUUAUAUGUUACUUGGAAGUCCUCCCUUUCCUCCGAAACAAUGUUGACUGAAAUAAGUGAGAAUUUUGUUAACACCAGGCAACCUUGUGGGCCUUUAGCAGCUCGGACGGCAACGCCAAGGAAGACGUCGAUUUGAAAAUGAACAUAUAUAUAUUUUUUGUUGGAACUUCGCGAAUGACUGGAUGUGUUUACCUUCUCUUACGGUGCUGCAAGUUAACUUCAGCAUAACGUAAGGCGGCGUUGAGUUCCAAAUGGAAAUUUAAACAAUUUUCCCGUCGGCGUUUCCUUUCUCGGACCACGCAAAUUUUGAUUAUUUCACGUUGUAAUUUUGCAGAGGAUGGCUAAGAAAUGUACAGAUUUAGAACGCACGUGCUGAGCUAUUGUUCUGCUCAUUGGAUCUUUUGUUUUGCCACGUCUUGGUUGCCGCCGUCGUCGUCGUGGUUUCCUAGAGGUCCCUAUUGAAAUGGGGGGGGGGGGAGAGAGGGAGAUAAAAAGUUGUAGAAAAAAUUAAAAAGUUGUAGAAAAAAUUAAAAAGUUGUAGAGCGUUCUAAGACUUUUGUGACUGGUUGUAGUUCGUCUUGCUUUGUCAUUGACCAGUUGUGUCUCUCUUUUAACACCAACUUGUCAUUUCUUUUUUCCAGUUUAUCUCAUUUCAACUUUUUGUUCUGUCAUAAGGUCACCAAAGGAAUCACACUGGAAACUCUCCUCCACAGAGAACUUUCAACGCAUGCGCCUUAAGCUAGCACAAAACUACUCAUUUACACCGCAUAUCGAGGCAAGCCGUGCGCGUGACAAUGCGGAUGUGGUGGAUGCUCGCGAGGCCUCACUGCCCGUGCGUGUUGCUAAGGAGGCCGUUGUUCAAAAUGUCGACGAGGACAUUCUUGAAGUUGAUGACCUUGCAAGUCCCACUGGCAGAGAGAAGGUUCGCACAAUUUCAGAAGCGGAAAGACCUCUUUUGGGCGAAGAUUGCGAGUUGAUUACGCUCAUGGAUAUUGUGCCGGGUAAACUUGAGAUCACUACUACGCAUGUCUACUUCUAUGCGGAUGAAAUCAUCGGUCAGGAUUUUCAGUGGCCGCUGAAUGAGCUGAGAGAAGUGCAUUUAAGACGGCACAAUCUGAGGAGAAGUGCAUUGGAGUUCUUUUUGAUGGAUCAGACAAACUAUUUUUUGAACUUCACCAAAGAGGUAUUUGAGCGGCAGCCUUUUAGCAUUUCUGCGUAUGAGCGUACGCACAACAUUAAAAUUUGCCCUUAAGAGGAACAAGAUGAAGGCAAUUUAGCGUGGCGCAAGAUAAAAGAUACGUUUACAAAUCGUUGUUGCUUACUAACUCAGGCUUUUCUUCAAAUUUUAAAAUAAUCGAGAAGAGAUUGCAGAGCAGUGUAAGGUCUUUUUUUCACAUUUUUGUUGUUGAAUGUGGUAUCUUCAUUUCUUUGAAUACACUACAAUACUUUCUGGAAACAGCUAAAGAACCUGACAAAAUGAGCACAUGUGCCUAAUUACUUUUAGAGGUUUGGGCUACACAUUAUUUUGGCGUUUUUUGGAUAAUCUGUCUUCAGUAAUUACUUAAUUUAGCAUGCAUGCGUAUAUUUUGGAACAAGAAUGACUCAAUUCUUUGAAUUUCAGGAACUGAAACUAUAGGUAUUUAAUUGCAACAAGAUAAAUUCCAAUUCGAUCCUAUGGAUAUGCCACCUUUUAAAUCCAGUAUAUGAUUUGAUUUACAAAAAAAAUUUGAUUUAUUUUUUAGACUCGUAACAAAGUAUACAAAAGGAUCAUGUCCCUCCGUCCUCGGAAUUUAUACUACAUGGGCGCCAAAUCUCCUGCGGACCUGCUCACGGCCUCAGGACUCACAAACAAGUGGGUGCACCGAGAGAUAUCUAAUUUUGAGUACCUUAUGCAGCUCAACACCAUCGCUGGAAGGACCUAUAAUGACCUGAGCCAGUAUCCAGUAUUUCCUUGGCUCCUUAUGGAUUAUGAGUCAGAGGAGUUACGUCUGGAUGACCCUACCGUGUAUAGAGACCUUUCCAAACCUGUUGGGGCUCUAAAUCCUGAUCGAGUAGAACCUAUAAGAGAAAGGUAAGUAAUUAAAUUCUGACCCUUGCCUCCAUAUAUUUGCCGGUCUUUAAAUGGGAGGCGCUAUGGUCAAUGGUCAGGGAUCAGAAGCUUUGGGUGUGGCCCUUGAGCUUUGGUCCUUGUGAGGCGUUCUGAAGCAAGGGGCCUCUAUUUUUUAGCCUGCGGUAAAAGUCGCACUCCCUUUCUGAAUCUUUUAACUGAUUGUAGAUUUUACACAAUUUUGUCAUAUUUGCAGAUACAACUCCUUCAUUGAUCCCUCUGGAUUAAUCGCCAAAUUUCAUUACGGCUCGCAUUAUUCCAGCUCUGCUGGAAUUCUUCAUUACAUGCUGCGCGUUGAACCCUUCACCACUCUACACGUUAAACUGCAGAGUGGAAGAUUCGACUGCGCGGACAGGCAGUUUCACAGCAUACCGUCCACAUGGGAUUCUAUCUACAACAAAGGCGGGGAUGUUAAAGAGCUUAUUCCUGAGUUUUUCUACUUUCCGGAAUUCUUGCUUAAUUCUAACAGGUUAGAAGAAAUAUGAUUUUGAUGGCUAGGUAGGUUUGUUGUGCUGGGGGUGGGUGGGAUAGGGGUCCUAUGCUAGUCUAUCAUUGGCAGGUCGUUUUCCUGUUAUAAAUUAUCACUUUUUCCUCGCAAAAAGGGGGGUCAUCCCCUUACUUAUCUCCGUGGGAAUGCAUUCCGAUAUUUGAUGAGACAAGAAAUUCUCUUGACUAAUUUCUUAGAACGUCUAUCGCUGUUAGAGGGGAGACUUAAGGAUUUGAUUGUUGUAAGCAAAGGGUAUAACCAUCCUACCGAGUCAAGGCUUCUAACCAAACUAACUUUUCAAGGAAUUUCUUGUCUCAGGUUUGACCUUGGACGUCUUCAGCGAGGAGAGGUUGUUGAUGACGUCAUUCUUCCGCGCUGGGCGACAUCGCCUGAAGAUUUCGUCUCCAAACACAGACAAGCGUUAGAAUCCGAUCACGUGUCUUCUCACCUGCACGAGUGGAUUGACUUGAUAUUCGGUUAUAAACAGAAGGGGCCAGCGGCAGAGGAGGCGAUGAAUGUGUUUUACUAUUGCACUUAUGAAGGUAAGAGAGCGUAGGGGAACUGGGCACUACACGGUUUCUUUUCUUCCAUGGAGCUAGGAAUGAGAGCAAUCCCAGGAGGGAGCCUGGUGGGGAGCAGGGAGGUUAAAACGGGGUCAAGGAGCAGCUAUGUUUUCUCUGUGUUUUCUGUUUUUUUUUCCUUAAUUUUUCGAUACUUGGGCAAUUUUUAAAAGAGCUUUCCAAGUUCUCCAGCAUUUUUCAUGAUUCACAAAUUUAAAGUUUUUCACAGCAGACUCCGUCUUUAAACUGAAUGGAAUGGCUCCACUGUCUAACUCUAUGUCAGUUAUUUCGUCAAUCAUUGCAAUCAAAAGUAACCUAGAAACAUUGUCUCCCCGUUUUCACGGCUCGGUCAAACCUGGGCCCCACUGUGAGCCGUGGCGUCACCGAAAGAAACGACUGACAACUCCUCCUCAGCCAAUAGGACAAGAGAAAAUAUUCAUACUGGGCUAGUUAUAAUACUGUUAGAGGUAAAUUUACUUGUUCUUUCGUCGUAGGGGCUGUUGACCUUGAUGCCAUAACAGACCCAGCCGAGCGAGAAGCCACUGAGGGUAUGAUAAACAACUUUGGUCAAACUCCUAUACAGCUUCUUACUCAGCCGCACCCACAGCGCAUGUCUGCCGAGGAAGCCGCCGGGUUUAAGACAACAAAGAGCGCGGGCACAAGCAAGACACUUGCGAAUGUGUUUGAGAACUUCGACAAGUUAAAGGCCUACUUUGUCAUCGUAAGUUGAGCUCAAAAUGAGGCAUAACCACGAUACAGCGCUGCUUAUAUAAUAUUUUAUAAUAUUCAUUCAAGCCUUCAGUGUCGAAAAAAAAUCUUUAUUUAACCUUUUGACUUUUCUCUAAUUUCUCCUUACAAUAUCACCACUGAAUCAAACAUUCAGGUCACAAGGAAGAGAUCACUAACUAACGAAGCUUUGUUUGUUAAACGAAUUCUCCUUGUCACUAGUAUCGGCAAAGUAGGAAGAAUUUGUAUACUGAUGUUAGGUGUAAAGGGUUAUGGACAAACGUAUGUUAAAUGUUGACCUGGUGUCGUAUACGCGGCGUCAUCGAACCCAGACAACUCGCCAUCCCCGAAACGCAAAUGGUUGCUCUCUUGCUAUGAAAUAAUUUUUCAAGUAAGCUCAUUCAUAUAAUCCAACACGUUGUUUCCAGUGAAAAUCAGCUCCCUGUUAACUCGGUGUCUUUCCAGGUAUCUGAUGCCACUGACCCUCUGGUGUUCUCUGCUGUGUCUCACGUUCACACCAGAUCCCUGAUUCACUCGGGCAUGCCUGAACACAUGAUCACCAUCAGCCAGAAUGGCAUUGUGGGAUUGCAUGACUGGCUGCCUUACUCCAAGACCAGGGCCAAACCUUUCACCUUCGAACCUGACCCGUCUCUGUCAUCAAAUAGGCAAGUUGUGGAAUUAAUCUGCUGCCUAAUUGUGCUCACUACGUUUUCGGGACCAUUCAUUAUUUAUCGCCAGCGGGGAGGGGGGAGGGGUAAGGAUCUCUUUAGAGGGAUCACUUGGUUUUCGGGGACGAGAGAGGGAUCAGUCGUCGCCAACAGAGUAUAAAGUCGUUGGUGCGUGUUGGAACAACGUUUCAUAGCCAAUAUUAUGAUUUCUGUUGUGGCAUUUCUUAAUUAUUUCUUAAGUAAAAACAGGAGUAUUGAUGAGAUAUUCUGUUCUCUACUUCCACUGUAGAUUACGCCGUUGUAUCGCGGGCCCGUUCAGUCCUGACAUGCAGGUCUCUUCGCAUAUGUUUGCUAUUACCCACGAUGCUAGGUUGAUUAUUACCGCUGGUCACUGGGACAACAGUUUGCGAGUUUUUGCCACAAGAUCGAAACAGCUGACCAGAAUUGUGGGGCAUACAGGUACGUUUACCUUUACAGUGAAUAAAAAAGGGAAUUGCCUUUGUUGAGUUUUUAAAAGCACUUGUGGUUUUAGAAAAGAGAUUCAGCAAAACUCGACAAAUUGUGCGCACUAAACUUUUGCUUUGUCAUCUCUAUUAUUAAACACCCAGGUUUUCCAUAACAAUUUGCUUUUAUUACCUACUACUUCCUGGUAAAGAGAGGCACUUAAUGAUAAAAUUGUCUCUCUCAAGAACGUAACAUAAUGAGAUACAUCUUACCUUUCAUUAUAUAAUAAGCUGCAUCAUGCACGCAUUUGAUUGGUUGUUACUUAUGAUAUAUUAAUAGAACAGACGCAUAGGUGACGUCACCAUUCAUUUUCUUAUACUUCUUUAUUAUAUAAAAAAUAGGUUCUCUGUGGCCGUGGGCCUGUACAGUGGUAGAUUAUAAAAUGUGGUAAAAACACUAGUGACACACUCGCCUGCGCCUCGUGUGACAUUGUAUUUGUUCUUAUCACACUUUGACGUCAUCUGUGGUCUUUAAAUGAAGCAAAUAUUAAGAUUUAGCAGGAGAAAUCAGCUUAAAGAUAGAGACUGAACUGAGGUCCGCCAACUUACCUUCUCAGGCAGUUGUGGGUCUAAACCGGAGCUUUUCAUCCAGCAAUACACGUGAACAGUUAGACCAUCAAUGAUUUUUACAAUAUGUAAUAGUUUUGUUUAUAUUUCUGCUUUGUAUAGAUGUAAUUACUUGUGUCUCAUUGGAUGAUGAUGGUCAUCACCUGAUCACUGGGUCACGUGACACGACCUGCCGCUUGUGGGGAAUCACCCAUCAGGGAGGAGUGGCUCAGGAAGUAAUUCGUACCCCACUACAGACCUUAUAUGGUCAUGAUCAGCCAGUCACAUGUGUAGCUAUGAGUUGGGAACUUGAUAUGGCAGUCAGCGGCUCUCAGGUAAGAGUUACGAAACCUUUGAAAUAUAUUGAAAAUUCACAUUGCCAGAUGACUUUAUUUUUUAGCCUAUGAAUCUUAACCAGGAUUGAUUGGUUACUUUUUCAAAGGAAAAAUGUCAAAAUUAUUUAUCUUAUCUCCACCUGUUUGUUUCUAUCUCUCGUGUUUCCCCGUAGUAAUUUUCAACCCCCCCCUUACUGUCCCAACAUCUCUUACACCCGGCUUUCUUCCCCCCUUAUUUCCCUUAUGUCCUCUUCCAGCCUUAACCGGGACACCCAUUAAUACGCUCCUCAAGCUCCCUAUAACAAAUCCCCCCUUCAUGCUAAUUCUUCUUGGUUCCAGUCCAAUACAUGUAAGAAAGAAAGUGACCCGGACACCUGUUGAUGCCUGUGUUUCUUUUGUUCUUGUGUUUCUCUCGCCCCAUUUCAUCCCCCCCUCCCCCCUCUUCCCUCCUCCGACCCCUCUCUCUCCAAAUUGCCAUAACGCUGACAAUCUUAAAUACAGCCCCCCUUCCCCCCCCGCCAUCCAUCACAAUCCUCCGUGGUCUGGUUCUAAUUCUUUUCUACCUCUUCAGGAUGGCACAUGUAUCAUUCACACAGCGCGAAAAGGCGAAUACGUUGUCACGCUAAGGCCCACGGGAACGUCGCCUGGUGCACAAGACAGCUUCUGUCACGUGACUGGCCUCGCCCUCUCCGAAUAUGGAAACAUUGUGGUUUGUUACCAACAAGAGAAUAGUCGAUCCCUAUGCAGGUAUUCCAUCAAUGGAAAACUUCUUACAAAAGACGUCAAACUGAAAGAGGAUGUCGCCCGUGUUUUUAUUUCUGGCGAGUUUGUUGUUAUCGGAGGAGCUGACGGAAAACUGGAAAUCAGGAAAUUGCAAGGGUAUGGAAACCUUAUUAUGUACAUCGUAACUGUUUGUUUUGCAAUUGUUUGUUUCUGCAUUCUUUUUUUUCAGUCUUGGUUUAGUUACUUACUUAGGGAUAGGGUUAGUGUAAAUCCUUUCUCUCGUUAUAUUUGUGUAUUUUUUUCAUAAUUUUUGUCGGAAGCUGCCUCUUGAUCAAUUACUCAGUUCAUUUAAUUACUAUAGUCCUUUCUAAGGUAUCUCAAGGAAACUUGAAUUUGUGCUUAAAUUGCAUUCACAGGGACCCAGCUCUCUAUUAUCGACAGUAUCCCCCUUACAUAGUUGCCGAUUGAAUUAAGAUUUGUUGCAGUCUUAACACCUUUCAAUCUAUUUUGAACCAUAAUUGGUUAUUUCGAAGAUCCUUCGAAAGAUACGGAAAAUCUUUGUAUGGCCAUCGAAUGAUUUUCAGAUUUACCCCCUCAACCCAACGCAGAAAAACUUAAUUGGAACAUCGUCCAUUUAUGUAAUUUUUAUUACUAUUAUUUAUUAUAUUUUUACGACAUUUUUUGGUAAAAGUUUAGAAUACAUGGUUUAACCUAGUAACAGUACAUUAGUUACAAUAACACUUACACUACAGUACUCACCAUAAACCACAAUAUACGUACAAUAAAUACAAUUGAAAUAAUUGAAUUAAUUUAACAAAAUAACAUAGGAAAUUUUUAAUUAUUUUAUUUCUUUGUUCUGAUAUCGUUUCCUCCCUGGUUGCAGUUUCGAAGUGGUGAAGAAAAUGAACCUUUUAAUACCAAUUCGUAAUAUCUCCCUGGCGAGGGACAACACUCACUUCCUUGUUUGCCUCCAAGAUGGUAAACUCAUUGUAAUUGGUGUAGAAGCUUCGUGACGUCACAAUUACCUCGUAUUGUCACGUGACUAACACGCCAUUUCUCAUGGUUGUCUCAAAGAUUGUAAGUCACUACGAUUGGUGCAAAAGCUUCGCGACGGUAUACAUAUUAAGGUGAUAUAUUUUGACCUGUGCGUUAUAUCGCGUCCCUCGAGAAUUUCGUUUUAAAUUUUCAAUUCAGCGAAGUUGAUUUAGCUUUUUGCAUAUCUCCUUUAAGAAAUCCUGAACUUACUGGAAACUGAUCGAGAUUCUAGCUAGGUAGUAUAUAAAGCUUACAGGAAGCUGAGCUCAGAAUGUAGUUAGGUAGUAUUUUACAAGGUCUAGUCUUUAUGCUCCCUUCACAAUAUCUUUAUUUUUUGGAUAAAAUUGAGAAUUCGGUAUUUUAUAGCAAUAACUUCGCUAAGGAAGAUAGUUUUCUCUAUUUUCAUCAUAAUCAUGACAGUUUCAGUUCCUAUACAUGUAGAAUAUGAAAGGAGCGUUGUGAAAUGAAAGAGUAGAGAGUUUACUUCUUCUCGUGUAAAAUUAUCACCGUAAAAUCUGGCGACUCUGAGGAAAAGCAAGUGGACCAGAAUGGAAGACUGCGGAAUUUUCUAAUUUUGAUGGGAAUUACUUCAUUGUAAAUGGUAGAUUUUGUCAUUUCAUUUUCAAGAAGAAUUCGAGAAUUCUUCCUCUCGUUUAGCUCUCCUAUCGCAAACAAUGCAGGCACUGGGUGCUUUGAUUUAUUUACAAGAAAUUUUGUAAAGCUAGACAGGACUAAAAAAUUGGUAAUUUAGUGUUAACAACUGAGUUGAAAACGUAAAUUGGCCACCGUAAGAGUUUAAAGGCUGACGUUACGUUACGCAGCACCACAGUUUCUUUAGAAACUUACCCCCUUUAUUCAUAGGACUAAAAAUUUGUUUAACUGUACAAUGUUAAUUCAAUAAUGAGACUUAAGAGCAAGUUGCCUCUAAAAAUACAGUCAGAGCAUGAGCAGUUACGUCAAACCAAACUAAUCGCAGCCAAUCAGAGCAUAGGAAACAGUCACUAGGAAUUAUCUGAUUGGUUGAAGCGGUAACACACUUUUUUUGGCCAAUUACAAAGCCGAGUAGAGAAAAACCAAUGAAAUCACUGAUUACUAUUGACUUUAAAUUCCUCCUGGCUGUCUGUGGAAUUAGGUGGUUUUAUGUAAUGGCGUUGAUUUAUUAAACGAUGUAGAAUAAUGGAAAAUGUCUGAAAGUAAGCAAGCGUGAUUCCGUUGUACCCUCGCUUGUUGGCCCAGACUUUCUACUUGUUGCUUACAUCAACCUUCACUGACAUCACUCGUAAUUUUCGACUCAGUUAAAUUGGUUAAGUUCAUCAUAUGAACAAUGAAAUCAUGCAUCUAAGCGAUUUUUUAAUGGACAAAAAUGUAAUGGAACAUCUCUGUGUACACUUGUAAAUUAUGACAGACAAAGCUUACGACAAU